AUGACAUCACAGAAAGACAAGAAGCCUAUCAGGUCAAUCUGGAAGUUUAAUUUAGAUCUUACUGAUCCAGAAGAUGGACUUUUUGACUCUUGAAAUUUUUAACAGUUUCUGUGGGAAAAGAUUAAAGUCGAUGGGAAAACUGGCAAUCUCAGAAAUGUUGUUCACAUUAAAGGCUUCAAGAAUAAAAUCACAACUAUUUCUAAGAAACAGUUCUCUAAAAGGUAUUUGAAAUACCUCACCAAGAAAUACCUUAAGAAGAACAACCUUCAUGAUUGGCUUCAUGUAGUUGCAUCUAACAAUGAGACUUAUGAAGUUUAUUACUUCCAGAUUAGUCAAGAUGAAGAUGGAUCAGAGUCUGAGGACUAG